AUGACCGUUGGGGCGCUGUGCCGCUGUCCUCUUCCUGAGAUCCCAAACACCCCACCGCCGCGCUCUCCCACCUGGCACCCGAGAAUCCUCGCGCUCGCGCACUCGACAUUCCUCGUCCCCACGCCGGUUCGACCGUUGCCGACCCCCUUGCGCGCACGCGCUCUGCAUCUCGCCAUCUCCACCACGCGCCGCGAACACGGGCCCGGGCAGGGGCGGGGGCGUAUGGCCUGCGCCGCGACGAUGCCGAUCGACUUGCCCCCCGCACCAGCUCCAGCGGUGGGGGAGGUGAAGGCGCUUGAGGAGGACGAGGAGCUGGUGGUGGAGGUGGAGGGAGGAGGGUGCGGCGGAGGCGCCGUGGUGGUGGCCGCGGCGGAGGCGGAGGCGGAGGCGGAGUGUGCAGUUUUUGGAGUAACAGAAUUGUUUACUAUUCCUGCAAGCAAGGUUAACUUAUGGUUGAUUGGAAGAAACAAAGGCACUGCUCCUGCCUUCUCUUGGAGGAAAACAGAAAACAAGAAAGCAGUGAGCAGUGGCUCAAGUUUUGCUGUAGCCUUCUUGGAGGAAAUCAGAAAACAAGAAAGCAAGGAACAAUAUGGUUCAAGUUUCCUGAAACUAACGAAGGAUCCAAAUUACAAAAGGAUGGUAAUGGCCUGCUUCAUUCAAGCAGUCUACCUGCUUGAACUGGACAGGCAGGACCAGAAAGGCCAAGAGGAUGGCCUCGCUCCAAAAUGGUGGAAACCCUUCAAGUACAAGGUCACACAGACAUUGGUGGAUGAGAGAGAUGGUUCCAUCUAUGGCGCCAUGCUGGAGUGGGAUCGUUCUUCUGCCUUAUCUCACUUUAUCCUCAUAAGACCAAGCGGGGCCCCAAGGGCUGUGUUAGCUCUCAGAGGAACCCUCCUGCAGAAGCCAACUAUGAAGAGAGACCUGCAGGAUGACCUUCGUUUCUUGGUAUGGGAGAGCCUCAAAGGUUCAGUGAGAUUUGUUGGUGCUUUAGCAGCACUAAAAUCAGCAGUUGAGAAGUUUGGCAGCGCCAAUGUUUGUGUUGCUGGGCACUCCUUGGGAGCUGGCUUUGCACUUCAAGUCUGCAAAGAGCUUGCCAAACAAGGAGUUUUUGUGGAGUGUCAUCUUUUCAAUCCACCUUCUGUUUCACUGGCCAUGGGUGUAAGGAGCAUGAGUGAGAAGGCCAGCUACCUGUGGAAGAAAGUCAAAGGAAGUCUGCCAUUGAAGGAAGAAACAGCACCACCACUUGAGACUGCUAAGGCAGAGGCAAGUGAUUACAUCUGCUGCCACUACAACGCUCCCUCUUGCUCGUCCACAACAACAGAUGGUGCUUCUGAUGAACAGCAACAACAACGCAAGGCAAGUGAGAUUGCUGGUGAUGUGGUCGCAAAGCUCUUUGUGACAUCAAAAGGCCCGCAGAAGUUCCUUGAGGCGCAUGGGCUACAGCAAUGGUGGUCAGAUGGCAUGGAGCUGCAGCUGGCUCUCUAUGACAGCAAGCUCAUAAACAGGCAGCUGAAAUCCAUCUACACAACAACAACAAUGCCAUCUCCUGCCAAGUCCUAG